AUGGUGAAGAGGACAGGAGGAGCAGUUGGAGUUAGACUGGAUGAGCAGGGGUGGGGUGGAGGGGCAGUAUUACCUGGGGUUCAGGAUGAUGGUCUGACCUCUGGAGGUGAGAGGCUUCUGCCAGGGUGUCAGUCAGAAUCAGGUAGCAAGGAGCGGAAGGACACUUAUGGUGUCCCUCAACCUAAUGUAACUUGGUUGAAGAGAGGAGGAUCUCUGAGUGACAAUGUUUCCUUGCUUUUCAAUGGAUCCCUGUUGUUGCAGAAUGCUUCCCUUGAAAAUGAAGGAACCUACAUUUGCACAGCCACCAGUGCUCUUGGGAAAGCAGUGUCAACCUCUGUGCUCCAUUUGCUGGAACGAAGAGGACUGGGAAUUAAGACUGUAUUUCCUAAGGCUCAGAAAAAGCGUGUUCUCCAAGUAUCCAACAACAGAGCCAACAGCAACAACUCAACAGGAGAGACCAUGCCUCAAGAGCCUUUUUGGGAACCUGGUAACUGGACACAUUGUUCUGCUACCUGUGGCCCCUUGGGAGUCCGCCUUCAGAGGCCCCGGUGUGUGUUGGCCAGUGGGCAGGAAGUGAGUGAAGCCAUUUGUGGGCCUCACAGGAAGCUGCUAACUGGGUUUCAAUCUUGUAAUACCCGGGAUUGCCCAGCAAGGUGGUUUACAAGUGUGUGGUCAGAGUGUUCUGUGUCUUGUGGUGAAGGAUUUCACAGUCGGCAAGUGACAUGCAAACAGACAAAAGCCAAUGGGACUGUACAGGUGGUGUCCCCAAGGGCAUGUGCUCCUAGAGACAGGCCUCUGGGGAGAAAAUCGUGUUCAGUCCGUCCAUGUGUUCAACAGGCCAUCGACCAAGGAAACCAGUGUCCUGGACGCUGCAUGGGCUAUGCCAAGAGAACACAGCAGCGCCACACACCCUGUGCCCACAACAGCUCCAUCUCUGACUGUGAGGACAAAAAGAGACCUGCCUUUAGGAGGAACUGUACCUCAGGGCCCUGUGAGACAUGUUGGCGUGUAGGGCCCUGGAAGCCCUGUACAGUAGCCUGCGGCAGGGGCUUCCAGUCUCGCAAAGUCGACUGCAUUUACACAGGGAACUGCAAACCCAUGGCUGACAGACAUUGUGUGCAGAUGAAACCAGCUUCCUGGAGGCACUGUCUUGGACCUUCCUGUGAUAGAAACUGCACCGAUACAACUCACUACUGUAUGUUCGUAAAGCACCUUAACUUGUGCUCUGUGGCCCUCUACAAACAAAGGUGCUGUCAGUCAUGCCAAGAAUAAAGUGUUGGUGGGGUUCUGAUGCUGCUGUGGUGAGAAAAGAAAAAUAUAGAGGCUCUUUCCCCCAUGUCUCUGGUUCAAAACCACACACUUCUUAAAGUUUCUAGAGUCUAUGAUGAAGCAGAGGUUGAGGCAGAAGCAGAACCUACUCCAAUUUUGUAAAGUUAGCUUUUCCAGUGGUGGUUUUUUAAUUACAGUUUCUUCAAAUGAUGUAUUCUAGGAUUAGCAAAAAAUGCAUCAGCAGCCAUGCCCUUGCUCCUGGGACCUCAUUGUGAGCACAUCAUCACCUGCUGUGAUUUGUAGACCAGCCAAAAGUGGUCCAUACUAAAGACACUGCAGCUGAGGAUUUCUCUCACAUUGCAGAGUUUCAGCACAUUUGUGUGGUAUUUACAAUUUAAAGGCUCUGGCCCAGUAGCUGUUCAGAUGUCAGCACUAAUGGCAUUUUUUCUAGAUCCUUAAGUUUACCGUGAGAAGAGGCAAUUUCCAUGGACAGCUCAUGACACCAGCUGAGCCAAGAAUUCACUGCAGAUGGCAUCUUACCUUCACCCUUAGAGCAUCCAUGGGAGAAAACACAGUAGGCAUGGCUGCCAUUUUCAUAACUACAGAAAUCUGUCUGUGACCAAAUGAGGCAUCUUGGAAAUCAAAUGAGAGGAAAAGCUAACCUUUUCUACUGAUUUUGAAGUAUAUUCAAAGCUUUCUUUUCAGAGCUGUGAAUGAAAGUUUUUCUAAGCACUAUUCUCUUGCACAUAGAAAUCAGAGCCUUAUCAGAUGUAAUUUAUGCAUACAAUAAUAUUCCUGAUGAUUUUUAUUUUGGAAAGCUUAUAAGAAAGUAAUCUAAAUAAGAAACAUGAUAAUUAAAGAAAACGUUUAUAGUAAAUGAUUGUUUUAAUUUGAGGUGAUUUUGUUGGUAAAUCCAAAAUCAAUUAGGAUUACCCUGGAAACAACAAUUGUGGGGUUAGGAGCCAGAGUUGGGAUUUGGGUUGUGCUUUGGGAAGAAGUGUUGAAUUCAUCUUGAACUAGCACUAGGAUUCAAUUAGGUGAGAAAAGAAGUUACAUUAGGACUAAGACCAGAGCUGGUCUUAAGGUUAGGGCCCGUUUAGGACAGGGUUGGAGCUCUUGGGCCAAUGCUAGUGUUCAUGACAUUGGGGUCACUUUUGCUGCUAAAGAAGGUUGAGGCUAACAUUCAAUUUUAACUCCUACAACUGAUUCAGCUACGGGGACCUUUCCAUGAUAUCUUGCCAUUUAUGGCUUUAGAUGCUACACAACCCCAAACGAUGGUCCUGCUUCUUUACUGGGUGUUCCAACUGCAUGCACACGUAGUGCCCACAGCCUCCUGGCACACAACGCAACCUUUCCUGAGGCAGGUUGCAUUGGACCUACCUCCUGAUCAACAUGUGAACAGCGCAUUGUGGCUUUGGAUUUGUCUGUGGAGAAGCUUGCUGAGCCUCUCAGCCAUCAUCUGAGCACAGGUCUCUCUUCCAUUCCAACUUCAGCCUCACUGACACUGGGACAAACACUACUGGAGGUGGAGGGCUCGGUGGUCUGGAACA